AUGGUCCCAAAGGAGGAAUACUUAACCUCAGUGAGCUGUGGGACACAUUGCAUCAUGGGACAGGAGUGGAGGGGUUCGUCUCCAAUCCUCACCUUGGCCUCAGUACCCUCCUCUACCGUGCUCAGCUGCUCUGUGGACGUGCGCGAUGGGUUGGACCGCGGCCGGACCCGCUUCUCCGCUCUGAUUGGAAUUCCCGCGGUUAGAAGAUUUGGUUCAGAAGACGAACACUUCAGACAGGAGUUGUUUUUCGCAAAUAUGUCGGAUAAAAAUGAGGACCAGCUACGAAACAUGGUUUCCAGCAUUAUCAACAUGAUAAGAAGUGAUGUUCAGGGACAGAGUACCGGAGCAGGUGCUACUGCAGGCCAGGCGACAGGCCAACAGACUCGUAGGGAGGCAAGGGAGGCACCAUCUUGCUCUGCUACCCAGCAGAACAUGGCCAGGACCGGGAGCCCUAAUCGAGUGUCCAUCACGUGA